CCGGUGACGGUGCUGGUGCGGCUCCCUGCGUAGGUGCCGGUAGGGGUGCGGGUGGCGGUACUAGUGCAGGUAGCGGUGUAGGUAGGUGCCAGUGCGGGUUUCAUCCCGCGCACACGGCGGUCACCUUGGCAGCGGGCCCGGGCCGAGCGGAGCCGUGCGCCUGGGCUGGGCAUCGGUGCCCCUGCUCAAGCUACCCACCCAGGGCGCCGGACCCAGCCGCCCCCCCGCUCGGUGUCUGCGGGCCGCGCCCCGCUGGUACCAGCCCCUGCGGCCCCAUCCCUGCCUGAGUCUCAAUCCCGGUGCCAGUCCCGGCAGCGGCGCGGCGCUCGGUGCGGGCCAUGGCGGUGGCGGAGGCAGGCGGCGCUGCGGCGGCGGCGGGGGCCCGGCGCGGCCCGGGCGGGGAGCGGAGCUAGGCGGGAGGCGGCCCGGGAUGGCCAGGAUGAACGUGGCCCUCCAGGAGCUCGGACACGCCAUGCCCGACUACAAGCGUGCCACGCUGCAGGAUGAUGAGGGGCUGGAGCCAGUCGGGGACGGCAGCGCCUCUCCCGACAGCGUGGAGGUGGGGUUUCGGAAGGGCCCGGGGCCGCUGCUGAGCCGCCUGGCUGCACGCAGCCAGCUGGAGCUGGUGCUCUGUGCCGUUGCACUCUCCCUGGCCCUGCUGCUUGGCAUCGCUGUUGUCGCCUUGGCCAUCCAGUACCGCAGAGAUCCCUCCCACAGCACGUGCCUGACGGACGCCUGUGUCCGGGUGGCCAGCAAGAUUCUGGAGGCUCUGGAUGUGGAGACAGACCCAUGCCAGGAUUUCUACCAAUAUUCCUGUGGGGGAUGGAUCAAGAGGAACCCCCUGCCCAAUGGGCGCUCCAAGUGGAGCACAUUCAACAGCAUCUGGGACCAGAACCAGGCCAUCAUGAAACAUCUGCUAGAGAACAGCACCUUCAACUCCAGCAGUGAGGCAGAACGGAAGACACAGCGGUACUACCUGUCCUGCCUCAAGGAGCAGAGGAUAGAGGAGCUGGGCUCCCAGCCCCUCAUGGAGCUCAUUGACAAGCAGAUUGGGGGGUGGAAUGUCACUGGAUCCUGGAACCAGACCAGCUUCAUGGAGGUACUCAAGAUGGUGUCAGGCACAUACCGGGCGACCCCCUUCUUCACGGUGUAUGUGGGUGCAGACUCCAAGAGCUCCAACAGCAAUGUCAUCCAGGUGGACCAGUCAGGGCUUUUCCUCCCAUCUCGGGAUUACUACCUGAACAAGACUGCCAAUGAGAGGGUCCUUGCAGCAUACCUGGACUACAUGGUGGAGCUGGGCACACUGCUGGGGGGGGCCCCAGAGGCCACUCGCCUGCAGAUGCAGCAGGUGCUGGACUUCGAAACCCAGCUGGCCAACAUCACCGUGCCCCAGGCUGAGCGGCGGGAUGAUGAGAAGAUCUACCACAAGAUGAGCAUUGCUGAGCUGCAGGCCCUGGCCCCUGCCAUCGACUGGUUGGAUUACCUGUCCUACUCCCUGGCCCCACUGGAGCUGGUGGACACGGAGCCUGUGGUGGUGUAUGGGGAUAUUUACCUACAGCAGGUCUCUGACCUCAUCAAUGGCACUGACAGGAGCAUCCUGAACAACUACCUGAUCUGGAAUCUGGUGCAGAAGACAGCCUCCAGCCUGGACCAGCGCUUUGAGACAGCCCAGGAGAAGCUGCUGGAGACUCUCUAUGGCACCAGGAAGUCCUGCACGCCCCGCUGGCAAACCUGCAUCUCCAACACGGAUGACACACUGGGCUUCGCCCUGGGCUCCCUCUUCGUCAAAGCCACCUUUGACCGGGACAGCAAAGCCAUUGCUGAGGAGAUGAUCAGUGAGAUCCGGGCAGCCUUCCAGGUGUCCCUGGACCAGCUGGGCUGGAUGGACGAAAAGACCAGGCAGGCUGCAAAGGAGAAGGCUGAUGCCAUCUAUGACAUGAUCGGCUUCCCUGACUUCAUCCUGGACAACAAAGAGCUGGAUGAUGUCUAUGAUGGGUAUGAAGUCUCAGAGGACUCCUUCUUCCAGAACAUGCUCAACUUCUACAACUUCUCUGCCAAAGUGAUGGCUGACCAGCUCCGGAAACCCCCCAACCGAGACCAGUGGAGCAUGACCCCACAGACCGUCAAUGCCUACUACCUGCCCACCAAGAAUGGGAUCGUCUUCCCCGCCGGCAUCCUGCAGGCCCCCUUCUAUGCCCGCAACCAUCCCAAAGCCCUUAAUUUUGGUGGCAUUGGCGUGGUGAUGGGACACGAGCUGACCCAUGCAUUUGAUGAUCAAGGCCGGGAGUACGACAAAGAGGGCAACCUGCGGCCAUGGUGGCAGAAUUCCUCCCUGGAGGCCUUCAAGAACCGGACAGCAUGCAUGACAGAGCAGUAUGGCCGCUACACUGUCCACCGUGAGAAGGUCAAUGGCAGGCAGACACUGGGUGAAAACAUCGCAGACAAUGGCGGACUCAAAGCAGCCUACAACGCAUACAAGUCCUGGCUGCAGAAGAAUGGGGAAGAGAAACGCCUGCCAGCCCUGGGGCUCACUAACCACCAGCUCUUCUUCGUGGGCUUUGCGCAGGUGUGGUGCUCUGUCCGGACACCCGAGAGCUCCCACGAAGGUCUGGUGACCGACCCCCACAGCCCCGACAAGUACCGUGUCAUUGGCACCCUCAGCAACUCCCGGGACUUUGUUGAGCAUUUUGGCUGCCCCCUGGGCUCCCCCAUGAACCCUGGCAAGCACUGUGAGGUGUGGUAGUGAUGGGGAGGGUGCUGGGGACAGAGGGGACAAUACUGUACUGUGCCUCCCCUGCCCCCAGCCUUCACUGCCUGCCAGAGCUGGCCCACAGGCAGAGCGCGGGGCCACCUCGCAGGUCACCCUCUGUCACGGUUUCCCACUGUGCACACACCGCACACCUCUGCCUCCCUCCACAGCACCCAUGGC